CUGCAGCGGCCGGACAGGAGUGGCCGGAACCUUUCGAAUAUCCACAUUGCCACUGCUGUGCCUGGUAGAAUUUUGAUUCAUCAUGGAUCACAUGUCACCUGAAGAUAUUCAGCUAAGGGCUAACCAGCUUACUGAUGAGUCUCUGGAAAGUACAAGGAAAAUGCUUGACUUAGCCGUGCAGUCUCAAGAUGCAGGAAUCCAGACCAUCACCAUGCUGGGUGAACAAGGGGAACAACUAAACCGCAUAGAAGAAGGCAUGGAUCAGAUAAAUAAAGAUAUGAGAGAGACAGAGAAGACUUUAACAGAACUCAACAAGUGCUGUGGCCUUUGUGUCUGUCCAUGUAACAGGACGAAGAACUUUGAGUCUAGCAAGGCCUAUAAGGCAACAUGGGGAGAAGGCGAGGACAACUCACCUAGCAAUGUGGUAUCCAAGCAACCGGCCAGAGUUACAAAUGGGCAGCCUCAGCAGCCAGCCACCGGAGCAGCCAGCGGCAAAUACAUUAAACGGAUAACUAACGAUGCCAGAGAAGAAGAGAUGGAGGAAAACCUGACUCAAGUGGGCAAUAUCCUGGGAAAUCUAAAGAACAUGGCGUUGGACAUGGGCAAUGAAAUUGAAGCUCAAAAUCGGCAAAUAGAAUCAAUCACAAAAAAGGUUGACACCAGCAAAGAUCGUAUUGAUGUUGCCAAUACCAAAGCAAAGAAACUUAUUGACAGCUAAAGCCACUGCUGUACUUCAUUACCAUUUAUUCACUUUUUUAGUUGCUCCUCCUAUGCCAGUGCCUUUUCAGAGUUGGAAAUUUUGAUCUAAUCUGAAGUUUUGUGCUGAUUGGGAGGUAAUGUAGAAAAACAGGCCAGUGGAGUAACAGCCUCCCUACUUUAUUUUCUGUUUCUCUUGAAGGUAGACUACUGCUCUGUCCUCACUGUUUUUCUAUUCAUAGUCGUAGAUUGGUUUUCAUACAUCACAU